AUGCAGGAAUAUUAUUUGAACUCUGAAAAUAUAGUCGAACCUUAUUCAUCAAGCCUCAAUUGUGAAUCCUUCAGAAUCAAUGAUGGUUAUCGAAAGAAAAAAGAUUCCAAAAAAGAAUUGAAGAUGAAAUCAAUUAAUCCAUAUGAUGACUUUUCAUGUGAAUCAUCUAUUGAAUGUGAUUAUAUUGUUCCAUCUCCAUUUGAAAACCAUUCAUUGAAACAAUUUGAUGUUCCAGCUCCAGAAAUUGCUGUCAAUACAUCAUAUGUAUAUCAAACAAAAGAUGGAAAGGUUUUAGUCUUGAAUCACCCAUUACCCGAUGGAUUUUCCAUCGAAUUCAUUUUCGAUGGAGGUGAGCAUUCUCAUCACAGAAGACAUAGACAUGGUUUCAGAUAUAACAAGAAUCUUCUUAAGGAUAUACUUUCUUACAUUGGUGUUUCAAUUUGCCCUAUUUCAGGAUUACCAAUUUAUUUUUGCAACCAUAAGAAGAGGCCAUGCUUUGCCAGGCGAAUCUUAAAGUUCAUGAUGGCUAGUUUUGUUAUUUUAGGUUUCAUUUUGUUUAUUGCUGUUUAA